GGCAAUACCAGAACCUCCACUGGAACUUCCCAUUCCUCACAGCCUCGUCUUCAUUGUCCGCCGCGUUUUCCAACCUCGCUUUCCAUCUGCAGAGACCUAACCUUCUUCAACUUCAACUUGCACCGCUUUUUACCGCAUUUUGAGAUAUUCGACUGCCAGCAUUUCCCUUGCUGGAUUUGGGAUUUGCGACCAACAACCUUACUACAACUUUCGGCCGUGCCCUUCUGUCAACCCUCUCCGGCGCAAUCGUAUCAAAGACCUUCCACUUCUGCUUUCUAGCCUCGCCUUUCGCCCUUGAACCUCCGAAACCGUUAGCUAUUUAGCCCACGCAUCGCUUCACCUCUUUGCUGCCAUGGCAAGCAAGAAUUCGUCGGCGCCUGUCAAGGUUUCCGGCUCGGCUGCCAAUUACACGCCUGCCACCUUGGAUCCCGAGUUGCGAUCGGCCAUCAAUUCGGUCUUGAUCGAAGAGGGCCAUGUCGGCAAGAUUCAAGACCACCUCUUACACUCGCUGCAUGCCCACUCGUCGAACUGGCCUACGACCGUUCAGAACCACGCCCUCGCCCUCCUCCGCUCUGGCGAAAUCAGUACCUUCCCCGCCCUUCUACGACGAGUCUUGGAAGAUGUGCGCCACGAUACAGCCAAUGCUCCCUCCGGCGACGCCAACGGAGGCGAUGUAAACGGCAAGAAGCUAGCCAACGGCGCCGACACUACCAACGGCAAUGUGCCCACUGCGACCACGACAGCACCAAGCCUAGCGGUUCCGCAGGCCGUUAUCAAUGACGCGCUCAAAGUCACGCGCGAAAGCCUGGAGAUGGGGUCUGGCGCCGGCGCCAAAAGUAAGCAGCCAGUAGGGCUGAGAAAUGAUGGAAGCAAUAAGCGGAGAAAACUGUCGUCAAGAGACGAUCGAGUCUACUGUCAAGUUGACAGUCUUCCCAGUCAUAUCGAGGAUGGUCACGGUCAGGGUGUUAACGGCGGGGAGGAGGAAGAGGAGGAAAGAGAUGGUCGCAACCAAGGCGUUGCCUCAGAUUCGACACUAGCAACGGCGGCCACAGAGGAUGACCCGUCGAUAUCCGAUGACGACCAACGGGAAAUCAUCAGAAGGCAUCACCCAAGGGUAACCAACGCCCUACCGGAUGCUCUUCGGAGAGCUGGCUUGUUGCCCCAGAGGUUUCAUGAUACUCGGCCUCAAGAUCAGGGGCAGCACCAGGGCCAACACCAACAUCCACGACAAACUCAACAAUAUCAAACCGCACGUCAUCCCCUGCCUGGAUCUCCAAUCCGCACACAUCCUCAACCACAGCUACAAUCGGAACCUCAGCCUGGCGCAUCACAUACCGGACUGGGCAAUGCGCAGGAAGCACUUCAGACUCAAGAUACCGUAGGGGCAGCUGCCCAAGCAGACUCAUCAGAGCAGCCGAGCUAA